GGCCUGGCUGGGAGUGUCAGGGGCGGACUCUCUGCUGGAACGCACCGGAUUGGCCCAGGCUGUCAGGGAGGGGCGGAGCUUCAGAGGAUCAAAGGUUACGAACAUCACCGUGGGAGGUGAGUAAAGGGGGUCAGUGGGUAUGGCAGGGGUUUGUUUUAGCCCAGCACUAAUACCCCUCAACUAAUGAGCUGCUCAUCAAAGCCUUGCUGGGUAUAAUUGGGUGUGUUAGUACUGGGUUGCAAUCAAAGCCUGCUCGGUGGGAGCUCUCCAGAACCUUAUAGUUCAACUGUUGAAACUGGGCUGCAACCAAAGCCUGCUCUGUGGGAGCUCUCCAGAACCUCAGAGUUCAACUGUUGAAACUGGGCUGCAACCAAAGCCUGCUCUGUGGGAGCUCUCCAGAACCUCAGAGUUUCAACUGUUGAAACUGGGCUGCAACCAAAGCCUGCUCUGUGGGAGCUCUCCAGAACCUCAGAGUUCAACUGUUGAAACUGGGCUGCAACCAAAGCCUGCUCUGUGGGAGCUCUCCAGAACCUCAGAGUUCAACUGUUGAAACUGGGCUGCAACCAAAGCCUGCUCGGUGGGAGCUCUCCAGAACCUCAGAGUUCAACUGUUGAAACUGGGCUGCAACCAAAGCCUGCUCUGUGGGAGCUCUCCAGAACCUCAGAGUUCAACUAUUAAAUGCCGUUAGCUUUUCGUUCAACACUUUCUGUUUCAGAUCUCUCUCUUCUUCUCUCCCCCUCUCUCCUCCCCCUCUCCCCCCUCUCUCCUUCCCCCUCUUCUCUCUCCUACUCCCCCCCUCUCUCCUCCCCCUCUCUCCUCCCCCCUCUCUCCUCCCCCCUCUUCUCUCUCCUACUCCCCCCUCUCCCCCUCUCUCCCCCCUCUCUCCUCCCCCCUCUUCUCUCUCCUACUCCCCCCCUCUCCCCCCCCCCCCCCCCCCCCUCUUCUCUCUCCUACUCCCCACAGGUCUGCAGGAGGACGUGUGUUUGUGGUUGUUCCGAUGCUCUGCAGGGUUUGAGUGUGUGUCCGGGCCGAGUCACAUGGCCAUCUGUUCCUCAGUCUGUCACACUGACUACUGUCACAACCACGGCAUCUGUACCCACCACCCACACCAACCACCCCUCUGCCAGUAAGAACACAACCACGGCAUCUGUACCACAAAACAUGAUAAUAAAUGUAUUUAGUCUCCAGGUGCCCUGUCUCUCUCUCUCAUCUCCGGGCGUCCCUGUUUCUCUCUCUCCCUCCUGGUCCUGUCUCUCUCUCUCUCACUGGCGUCCUGUCUCUCUCUCUCCCAGGUGCCCUGUCCUCUCUCUCUCUCCGUGUCUGUCUCUCUCUUCAUCUCCUGCGUCCUGUCUCUCUCUCUCCAGGUGUCCGGUCCUCUCUCUCAUCUCCUGGCGUCCUGUCUCUCUCUCUCCAGGUGCCCUGUCUCUCUCUCUCCUCCAGGUGCCCUGUCUCUCUCUCUCUCCAGGUGUCCUGUCUCUCUCUCAUCUCCUGGCGUCCUGUCUCUUCUCUCUCCAGGUGUCCUGUCUCUCUCCUCAUCUCCUGGCGUCCUGUCUCUCUCUCUCCAGGUGUCGCUUGUCUCUCUCUCCUCUCUCCCGGUGUCCUGUCUCUCCCUCUCUCUCCAGGUGCCCUGUCUCUCUCUCUCUCCAGGUGUCCUGUCUCUCUCUCUCCAGGUGUUCUCUCUCUCUCCAGGUGCCCUGUCUCUCUCUCUCUCCUGGCGUCCUGUCUCUCUCUCUCUCCAGGUGCCCUGUCUCUCUCUCUCUCCAGGUGUACUGUCUCUCUCUCUCCAGUUCCUCUCACUCUCUCCUCCAGGUGCCCUGUCCUUUCUCUCUCUCCGGGGCGUCCCUGUCUUCUCUCUCUCUCCAGUGGGCCCUGGACUCUCUCUCUCACCAUUCUCCAGGUGCGCUGGUCCUCUCUCUCUCCAGGUGUCCUGUCUCUCUCUCUCUCCAGGUGCCCUGUCUCUCUCUCUCCAGGUGUCCCUGUCUCUCUCUCUCUCCAGGUGCCCUGUCUCUCUCUCUCCAGGUGUCCUGUCUCUCUCUCAUCUCCUGGCGUCCUGUCUCUCUCUCUCCAGGUGUCCUGUCUCUCUCUCUCUCCAGGUGCCCGUCCUCUCUCUUCGCUCUCUCAGGGUGCCCUGUCUCCUCUCUCCUCCAGUCCCUGUCCUCUUCGCUAUCGCUCGCAGGUGUUCCCUUUCUCUCUCUCUCUCCUGGCGUCCUGUCUCUCUCUCUCCAGGUGCCCUGUCUCUCUCUCAUCUCCUGGCGUCCUGUCUCUCUCAUCUCCUGGCGUCCCCCUGUCUCUCUCUCUCCAGUGCCUGUCUCCUCUCAAAUCUCCUGGCGGGUCCUGCUCUCUCUUCCCGUGUCCCUGUCUCUCUCUCUCUUCCAAUGGUGUCCGUCCUCUCUCUCUGCCAGGUUUCCUGUCUCUCUCCUCUCCUGGCGUCCUGGUCUCCUCUCUCUCCAGGUGCCGGUCUCUCUCUCAUCUCCUGCCCGUCCUGUCUCUUCUCUCUCAUCCCUGCGUCCUGUCUCUCUCUCCUCCAGGUGCCCUGUCUCUCUCUUCCUCUCAUCUCCUGGCGUCCUGUCUCUCUCCCGUCUCCAGUUGCCCUGUCUCUCUCAUCUCUCAUCUCCUGGCGUCCUUUCUCUCUCUCUCCAGGUGCCCUGUCUCUCUCUCUCAUCUCCAGGUGCCCUGUCUUCCUCUCAUCUCCUGGCGUCCUGUCCUCUCCUCGCUCCUCAAGGUUGUCCUUCUCUCUCUCCUCAUCUCCAGGGGUCCUGUCUCUCUCAUCUCCUGUCGUCCUGUUCUCUUCCUCCAGGGUCCCUUUGUCAUCUCUCUCUCAUCUCCGGUGUCCGUCUCGUCUCAUCUCCUGGCAGUCCGUUCUCUCUCUCCUUCUCUCUCCCCCAUGCUCCAGGUGUCCCUGUCUCCUCAUCUCCUGCGUCCUGUCUCUCUCUCUCUCCAGGUGCCCUGUCUCUCUCUCUCUUCUCUCCAGGUGCCCUGCUCUCUCUCAUCUCCUGGCGUCCUGUCUCUCUCUCUCCAGGUGCCCUGUCUCUCUCUCUCCUCUCCAGGUGCCCUGUCUCUCUCAUCUCCUGGCGUCCUGUCUCUCUCUCUCCAGGUGCCCUGUCUCUUCUCUCUCUCAUCUCCAGGUGCCCUGUCUCUCUCUCUCCAGGUGCCCUGUCGGGGAUAAUUUCUGGUUCAUGGGUCGUCGUUGUGACGUGAGGAUGUCGCAGCAGCGGCUGGUGGGGGCGUGUCUUGGCGUACUGGUCACCAUAGUAACACUGAUUGGCGUCAUGGCCUGGCUGGUGGUGCGACGAUACAGAGCCAUGUUGAUAAAGGCUAAAGUAGACCAGACACGCAGCAGGUAACCACACACACACACAGAGCCAUGUUAGAAAGGCUAAGUAACCAGAACGCAGGGGCAGGUAACCACCCACACCACAAACACAUAGCCAUGGUUAUAAGGCUAAGUAGCCAACACGCAGCAGUAACCAACCACUACACCACACACAGAGCCAUGUUGAUAAAGGCUAAAGUAGACCAGACACGCAGCAGGUAACCACACAACACACACAGAGCCAUGUUGAUAAAGGCAAAGUAGACGCUACCGCGCAGGUUACCAACGACACCACACCAGAGCCAUGCUUGAUCAAGGCUAAAGUAGACCAGACACGCAGCAGGUAACCACACACACACACACACCGGCACAUGUUGCUAAGGAUAAAGUAGACCAGACACGCAGCCGUAACCACACAGCACACACAUAGCCAUGUUGAAUAAAGCUAAAGGUAUACCAUACACGCAGCGGUAACCACACACACACCCAACAGAGCCAUUUUGAUACAGGCUAAAGUAGACCAGACACCAGCAGGUAACCACACACACACACACACACAGAGCCAUGUUGAUAAAGGCUAAAGUAGACCAGACACGCAGCAGGUAACCACACACACACCACACACACGAGCCAUGUUGAUAAAGGCUAAAUUAGAACCAACACCGCAGGUAACCACACCACCCACCAGCCCUGUUGAUUAAAGGCUAAAGUGACCAGAACACACGCAGCCGGUAACCACACACCACCACACACCAGAGCCCAGUUGUAAGGCUAAGUAGACCAUACCCGCCUCCGGUAACUCACACACACACACACACACAGAGCCAUGUUGAUAAAGGCUAAAGUAGACCAGACACGCAGCAGGUAACCACACACACACACACACACAGAGCCAUGUUGAUAAAGGCUAAAGUAGACCAGACACGCAGCAGGUUACCACACACACACACACACACAGAGCCAUGUUGAUAAAGGCUAAAGUAGACCAGACACGCAGCAGGUAACCACACACACACACACACACACACACACACACACACACCCAACACACACACACAGAGCCAUGUUGAUAAAGGCUAAAGUAGACCAGACACGCAGCAGGUAACCACACACACACACACACACAUCACACACAUCACACACAACGAAAAAAAAAAAAAAAACAAACCACACAGAGCCAUGUUGAAUAAAGCUAAGUAGACCAACCACGAGCAGGUAACCACACACCACACACAGAGCCAUGUUGAUAAAGGCUAAAGUAGACCAGACACGCAGCAGGUAACCCCACACACACACACACACAGAGCCAUGUUGAUAAAGGCUAAAGUAGACCAGACACGCAGCAGGUAACCACACACACACCACACACGAGCCAUGUUGAUAAAGGCUAAAGUAGACCAGACACGCAGCAGGUAACCACACACACACACAGAGCCAUGUUGAUAAAGGCUAAAGUAGACCAGACACGCAGCAGGUAACCACACACACACACACACACACACCACAACACCACACACCACAACCCACAGACCACACACACACACAUACAACACACACACAGACACACACACCACACACACACACACACACACACACACACAACACACACCACACCCACCACCACACACACACCUACCACACCACACACACACACACCACACACAGCCCACACCCUAUUAUUACUCUCUUUUCACUAUCGUUAUAUGAGUAAUACCAAGGCGCAGCGUUAUGACCUAACAUAUUUUAAUUUAUAUAAUAAUUCACGAACAAAACAAACAAAACGAAAACGUGACUCCUACUUUAAAACACAACCCAACCUGAACAAGAUCCCACAAAACCCUAAGGGAAACAGACUGUUUAAAUAUGGCUUCUCCACCAAUCAAAGACAACCAGCACAGCUGACACUCGUUUGCUCUGAUUUGGGGCCACUCUGUUCUGGCCAACAUAGAAUCACAUCUAGAACUCCCACAUAGAACUAAAACAAUAGAAUCUACACACCCUGGCUCAGCAUAUAGAGUCCCCAGAGCCAGGGUGUGACACUCUAUGUGUUGGUAUUGAGGGAGUGGAGUAGGGAAAACAGAGAGGGACCAGGACAUGGGUGAAAGGGACCUAAACUGGUCUAGUUUUUAAUAUAUGACCUUAUAAAUAAUAACGUUACUAUAGAAACAUCUCUACUCACACUCCCUGUCUCUCUCUGUGUAUUAUAAAUACAUCCCUUUUCCGGUUCAACUGGCUGGAACUGCAGCUCUCUCUGCGGCUGAUCCCACUACCACAGGUUACAACGUUACUAUAGAAACACCUCUACUCACACUCCCUGUUUCCUGGCAUCGCAUCCCUUCCUGUCCACCCACCCUGACUUCCUGUUUCUGGUGUGAAAACACGGGCAUCUCCCUCCCGAGAGAGGGAGUGUUUGUUUUCGAUAGAUAUCACAGGUUUAUGGACCUGUGUGUGUGUCUGUGUGUGUGUGUGUGUGUGUGUCUAUGUGUGUGUGUGUGUGUGUCUGUGUGUGUGUGGUGUGUCUAUGUGUGUGUCUGUGUGUGUGUCUGUGUGUGUGUCUGGUGUUUUUUUGUUUCCAUUUUUUUUGUUUGUUGUCUGCGUGUGUGUAUGUCUGUUGUGUUUGGUGUGUCUGUGGUGGUGUGGUGUCGUGUGUUUGUUUGUGUGGUGUCUAUGUGUGUGUGUGUAGGUCUGUGGUGUGUCGGUGUGUGUGUCUGUGUGUGUGUCUGUGUGUGUGUGUAUCUAUGUGUGGGUGGUUGUCUGUGUGUGUGUGUGUGUGUGUGUGCGGUGUGUGUCUUGUGUGUGUGUGUGUCUGUGUGUUGUCUAUGUGUGUGUGUCUGUGUGUGUGUGUGUGUGUGUGUGUGUGUGUGUGGUGUGUGUGUGUGUGGGUUGUGUGUCUGUGGGUUGUGUGUGUGUUGUGUUCUGUGUGUGUCUAUGUGUGGUGUCUAUGUGUGUGUGUGCUCUGGUGUUCUGUGUUGUGGUGGCUUGUGUCUUGUGUGUGUUUGUCUGGUGUUAUGUUGUGUGUGGGUUUGUGUGUGUAUGUCUGUGUGGUGUUUGUGUUUGUUUGGUUUGUGGUGUUUGUCUGUUUUUGUGUUUCCUGUUGUGUUUGUUUCUGUGGUGUGUUUUUUUGUUUUUUUUUUUGUUCUUUUUUUUUCCUGUUUUUUUUGUUUUGUUUGUGUCGAGUGGUUUUUUUUUUGUAUUUUGUUUUGUUUGUUUGGUUUUUGUGGUGUCGUGGUGUACCCUGUGUGUUUGUUUUUGUUUAGUUUUUAUUUCUGUGUUUUGUGUUUUUUUUUUUCUUUUUGUUUUUUGUUAUUUCUUUUUGUUUUGUGUUUGUUUGUUUUUUUUUUUUUUUUUGUGUUUUAUUUUUUUUUUUCUUCUGUUUUUUUGUUUUUCGUUUUUUUUUUUGUUUUUUUUUCUUUUUUGGUUUGUUUUUUUUUUUUUUUGUUUCUUUUUGUUUUUUUUUGUUCCUUGUUAUUUUUUUUUUUUUAUCUUUUUUUUUUUGUUUUAGGUUUCUUUCUUUUUGUGUGUGGUUUUGUGUUUUUUUCUUUUUUUUUUUUUUUUUUUUUUUAGUCGUUUUUUUUUUUUUUUUUUUUUUUUUUUUGUCUUUUUUUGUUUUUUUUGUGUGUCUGUGUGUGUGUGUUGUGUGUAGCUACCCGUAGUGCUCAACCAUUUGACGACUCCUGGUCGUUUCUGGGGGCGGUCCAUCAAUGGAUCAGCUGACUCGCUGGAUAACCCCGCCUUCACCCGCUCCGACGAAUUACUACACCUGAGGGCGCUCGACCGCACCUGCUGUUACCAAAGAGAGGGACGACGGACAGCCGCUGGUCCCCUGUGGCUUCCCCCUGCCCAAGCAAUGGCAACACACGCUGCCAUCCACACCCGUCUACACCCACGGGUUUGUGACACACCACACCCAGAGAAAGAGGCCCACACGACGUAGCGAACCACACCUGCUGUUCCGACUACGACACGCGUGUUCCCUGGCCUCCACCUGUCCCGACGGAAUGAACACCACCUAACCACGGGCGGUCUACACACACGGGUUGGUGACAUGGUCAACACCCCACAUAUAAAACACACACCACACAGACACACCUUGCGUUUUACCCACCGCCCACGACGACAACGCUGAUCCCUGGGCUCCACCUGCCCGAGCAAUGGAACACACCUCAACACCGUCUAACACAGCGGUGGUUGGUGACACCACACACACAGAGAAAACACACACACACACACACACACCUGCUGUUACCGGGGGGGAGAAAACAGGGACUACGACACGCUGUCCCUGGGCUCCACCUGCCCGAGCAAUGGAACACACCUCAACACCGUCUACACACACGGGUUGGUGACACACACACACACAGAGAAAACACACACACACACACACACACCUGCUGUUACCACGACGACACGCUGUCCCUGGGCUCCACCUGCCCGAGCAAUGGAACACACCUCAACACCGUCUACACACACAGGGUUGGUGACACACACACACACAGAGAAAACACACACACACACACACACCUGCUGUUACCACGACGACACGCUGUCCCUGGGCUCCACCUGCCCGAGCAAUGGAACACACCCAACACACGUCUACACACCACGGGUUUGUGACCACACACACACACAGAGAAAACACACACACACACACACACACACAGCGAAAACCACACACCACCACCGAGCACACACCCCCACACAACACACCGGCAACACACUCACACACACAGAGAUAAACACACACACACACAGAGAAAACACACCACCGAGAAAACCACACACACACACACAAGAAAAACACAACACACAGAAAACACCACACACACAAGAAACACACACACAUUAACAGAACACACCAAAACACACACACAGAAAACAAAAACACACACACACAACAGAGAAAAACACACACACACACAUAAAAACACACACACACACAGAAAACCAAACACAACACACACACAACAGAGAAAAACACACACAAGAGAAAACACACACACACACAGAGAAAACACACACACACACAGAAAAACACAACACACACACAUAGAAAAAACACACACCACACAAGAAAACCACACAACAAAAACACAACGAAACACACACACACACAGAAAACACACACACACAAGAGAAAACACACACACACACAGAGAAAACACACACACACACAGAGAAAACACACACACACACACAGAGAAAACACACACACACCACACAGAGAAAAACACCACACACACACAGAGAAAACCACACACACACACAUAGAACACACCCCACACACACAGAGAAAACACACACAACACACGAAAACCACACACAGAAAACACACACACACACACAGAAAAACCACACACAAAACACACACACACACAGAUAAAACACACACACACAAAAGAAACACACACAACACACAAGAAAAAACACACACACACCAUAGAAAACACACCCACACCAAAACACCACACACACAAGAAAAAACACCCACACACACACAAUAAAACACACACACACACAGAGAAAACACACACACACACAGAGAAAAACACACACACCACACAGAGAAAACACACACACACACACACAGAGAAAACACACACACACACACAGAGAAAACACACACACACACACAGAGAAAACACACACACACACACAGAGAAAAAAACACAAACACACACACAGAGAAAACAAACACACACACAGAGAAAACACACACACACACACACAGAAGAAAACACACACACACACACAGAGAAAAGACACACACACAGAGAGAAAACACACACAUACUGUAAUACCAGAUGUACGAGAUAAAUGGAUUCCAAAAACGAAGUAAAGGGUUGUCAUGGUUACUCCCCCCCCCCCCCCCCUCUCCCCUCCAGCUCCCAGUACGGCUGGGAGGUCAGCGAGGUCAGCCUGGCGGAGUGUGUGGUGGAUUCUGGGAAAGCCAGUGACCUGUCAGUCUGCAGCUGGCCGAUAGAACCCAUCCAGUGGACCCCCUUCCCCCUGCUGAAGCAACUAUCCUCCUCACACAGAACCACCCCGGUACCUAGAGAUUACAACCUGGGAGGGCUGGAGGGAGGGAGGGGGGAGGGAGGGAAGAGGAUGGAGGGUGAGGGCGGCGAGGCAGGGGGAGGGAGGGGAGGGGAGGGGAUGGUGAGGCGGAGGGAGGGAAGGGAGGGAGGAGGGGGAGGGAGGGAGGGGGGGAGGGAGGGAGGAGGGCUGGAGAACAGAGACAGAUGCCGGAAGGGAGCGAGAGAGAGAGAGAGAUGGUAAAUUGAUGUUUCUUUGUUUGUCCAGGUGAGGGCGCCGCGUCCUCGCUCCUACUGUGAAGGCAUGGAACUGGUGGAAGUAGAAAAGAGCUGGACGGCCUAGCAACCACGGAACCAUUUAUUGGAGUCAGU